AUGCCGGAUUCCGAAAAAUGCAUGCACACCUCGGGCGCCACCGACCCGGUCUGGGUGCACAAGCUGCCCUACUCGGCUAUCCCGCAAUUCCCGUCCCUCGACCGGAACCUCACCACCGACAUUUGCGUUAUCGGGUGCGGCAUCGCAGGCAUCCAUGUCGCCUACGAACUCAUCCACCGCGGCCAUAAGGUGGUGAUGCUCGAAGCGCGCGAAGCGCUGUCUGGCGAGUCCGGUCGUACGAGCGGGCACCUGAACAAUGAUCUGGAUGACGGGUAUCUGGAAAUUGCCAAGAAGCACGGCGAGGCUGGGGCCAAGGUCGCGGCGGAGAGCCAUGCCUGGGCGAGGGAUCGGAUUGGGGAGAUUGCGAAGGAAUUGGGGAUUGAGUGCGAGUAUCGGAAGUUGAAGGCGUAUGAUAUCAGUCAGUAUGCGGUGGGAAGUCAGGGGUAUAAGGAGGAGAUGGAGGAGUUGAGGCAGGAGGCGGAGGUGCAGAUGAAGUUGGGGAUUGAGACGAGGUUUGAUGAAAACUUGACUGUCCGCGGCUGGAACGGCAAGCCCGACCAGCGCGGCGGCAUGGUCGUCGGGAACCAGGCGACCUUCCACCCGACCCGGUACCUGGCGGGUGUACUGGCGUGGCUGAAGCAGCAGCCCAACUUCCAGUGCUACACGCGCACCCGUGUCAUGAGCAUCAAGGAAACGGGCGUUGAGCUGCUCGGCAUGGGCCACAAGUCGGUCACGAUCGAGACCGAGGCGGGACACACGGUGAAGGCCGAGCGCGCCAUCGAGGCGACGUGCGUCCCGCUGCAGAAACUGUCGGUCAUCGCCGAGCUCGAGUUCCACCGCACAUACUGCAUUGCCGUGCGCGUCCCCAAGGGCAGCGUCGAGGACUGCCUGAUCUACGACAACGCCGACGCGUACAAGUACGUCCGGCUGACCGAAUGUGAUGAGAAGGACGACUAUCUCGUCGUGGGCGGGUGCGACCACAAGGUUGGGCAGGAGGAGACGACACCGCGGUUUGCGGAGCUUGAGAAGUGGACGCGCGAGAGGUUUACCCAGGCCGGCACCGUCGACUACCGCUGGAGCGGGCAGAUUUUUGACCCGGUCGAUUACAUGGCGUUCAUCGGCAAGAACCAGGGCAACGACAAGAUUUACAUUGUCACCGGCGACUCUGGAGAUGGCUUGACGCAUGGCGUGCUGGCUGGCCGGCUGCUUGCCGAUGAGAUUGAGGGCAAGGAGAACAAAUGGGCGUCCCUGUACAACCCGAAGCGUCUGGGCAGCGUCCUCAAAACGCUGCCGAGUCUGGUCAAGCAUGAUUUGCAGAUCAACACGCAGUACAAGCGGUUUUUGCAGUCGGAUAUCACCGAUAUCGAGGAUCUGGCGCCUGGGUGCGGCGGUGUGCUGAACCCGGCUACCGGCAAACCACUGGCAGUCUACAAGGACGAGGAUGGCACGGUGCGAAAGUUCAGCGCCAUUUGCCCGCAUUUGCACGGGGUGGUUUCCUGGAAUGAUGCUGAAAAGAGUUUCGACUGCCCUGUUCAUGGCAGCCGGUUUUCCAAAGACGGUAUCUGCAUCAACGGUCCGGCCAAGAGGAACCUGAAUCCCGAGAGCAAGGCCGGAGCGGCGGAGCAGGAGUAUAUUAAAGCUAUGUAA